GCGGUAUGCACACAAAGCUGGUAAUGUAAUCUUCCAACAAACCCAAAUAAGAAGCUGAGCAAACAGCUGUGUCGAAUGAAAGCUAAGAAAGGUUUCUUUGUCGUUGGAUUACUGUACCGGAACCUGACCAUGAGUGUUUCUGCACUCUUUCUACUUGGCAGCCUUUGCCUUGCCAUGACUGCUCAGGGGCAGCAGUGCUCCAAACCUACCUCACGGCAGAACAUGCAUCUAAAGGACGAGUACAUCCUUAAAGACACAUUUGAGGAUGGGUCCACUGUGGUCUUCGUCUGUGAUGUUGGCUACACAUCCGCAGGAGGUUCUGGAAGCAUCAAGUGUACUGCAGGGAUUUGGAGUCCUGUUCAGCUGACUUGCGAGAGGAAGAGCUGUGGAUCUCUUGGUGAAGUGACUAAUGGACAAGUUUCCUACCCUGAAGGAGUGCAGUUUGGGGAUAAAGCGUUGAUCACUUGUAACAUAGGUCAUAUAUUAGUUGGUAAAAGUGAAAUCAAAUGUGAAAUCCAAGGAUGGUCGGCCAGGUUGCCGACAUGUGAAGUUGUUAAGUGUCUUCAGCCAAGUAGUAUUGCAAAUGGUACAUUCGUAGCACUAAAGGAAGAUUAUGCAUACAGAGACGUUGUCGAGUAUUCCUGCAACAAAGGUUAUACACUCAAUGGAUUACGACAAUUAAUCUGUGAGGAAAAUGAAAAGUUCAAACCUUCUCCUCCGUCAUGCGUCUGGGUUGAGUGUAAGGAUCCUGUGAUUCCAAAUGCAGAAUAUAUUGACGGUUCUCGGCCUCCACAUAGGCACAUGGCUACUGUGAUAUAUAACUGCAAACCUGGGUACAAAAUGAUCGGACAAAAUACCCUGACCUGCAACAUAAGUAGCCAGUGGUAUCCUAGAAUUCCAGAAUGCAUCAGCAAUGGAAAUGUUGUUGUGGGAGGAUUACUGGGUGGACUUGUAAGCAUCACAGUCAUGUUUGUUCAAAAUUACUGGAUGUAAGCGUAUCAUCUCGAGUGGAGGUCUUCUUCUGACUGAUCAGGGAUGUACCUGCCCUUCAUGUGCUGUGCAGUCUUUGUCAUUUUUUGGGAACUUGAUUCAAAGCGGCAUCCUGGGACAGAAGUAGAUUAAGUUCUGUCCCUGUUUGAUUCAUUCUAGAUAUAAGCAGUUCAGCAUCAAGCAUAGCCUUGGUAGUCAGAUUUACAAGUUGUCCUAAGCAUGUGCAAUUAAGAUGUUUGAAAGAUGUUUUAAAUUUAUAUAUAUAUAUAUAGCAAGUUGCUAUUCUAAGAGUCUAGUUUAUGUAUUAUUUUAGUUUGUAGCUUCACAUAGUAAGAUUGCUGCUCAUAAGGUUUUAUUUGUUACAGAAAUAUUUUCAUUAAUAUGAAAUGAAUCAUGAGUUUUGUGUUUCGAAUAGCUGAUCAACCAGUCAGUCUUAAAGGUCCAGACUGAAGAAAACAGAAUGAAUUGCUGGAUAAUCCAUAGUGCCUGAACAAAUAUAAAUGCCAUCCUUGAUGUGCCUGAAUGAAAAGAUAUUAAGUAUUGUUUUUUUGUAAUGUAUGUUCUUAAAUAUUCUUUAUGUUAAUUCAUUUCUUAGCCAAUCGUAGCACUAUAUUACUGGAUAGAACUACAUAUUGCAUAGAAUGUCAAAUUACGGUAAUUCAGGUUUUAUUUAUUGCUGCAUUUUUAUAAGGGGACAGUAUCAUGUAAAACCAACAUUUUUUUAACUUUAUGUCAUUCUAUAAUGUAAUUCCCUCAUCAAAAACAUACCUGAAGUGUUGCCUUUAUUCUUUCAUGCAUGUUUAUGAAAUCCAUUAAUCUCUCGUGGCAUAAAGCUGCAAAGUCAAAUUUAUUUUAAGUCAUGUGAUAUAUGCCAUAUUUUUUACAAGAACUGAAGGUUAUAUAGUUCCUUGAAUUAGAUAUUAAAUGGUUCUAUGUACCUGAAAAAUACACAAUACUGCCCCUUUAAAAAUAUUUAAUAUCAAGGAGUUAAAGAGUAAUAUCUCAACCAUCUAAACACUGGAAUUAACCUGGAUCACACAGGUAUAUUUGAAAACCACUCUAAAUAUUGCACUGGUUCUGCCUUUUAUUUUUGAAAUAUAUUUAAAAAAAAGUUUUUUGCUGUAUUUUGAGCAGAGAAAUGAAACCUGCAUUUCCCUUUCCUAUUUAAGGAAAUGUAUUAAAUAAAAAAGAAAUCCAGUUGUACUUAUUGCUUGGUAUUGUAUAUAUUGACUGGGGCUUGCUCAUAUCUUGUUAUGAAUUUUUCAGUUUGGAAAAUGAACAAAGCAAUAAAUCCGUUUACAUCCUUCA